AUGACGACCCUGUUGGAUCUAUCACGACAUGUGGAUGUCAUUGAGUCGCUGCGUCAUGAGAUUGGGAAGCAGGUCAGUGAGGCCGGCUGGACGGGCUGGAACAGGACAAAUAUUCAAAAUCUGAGGCUACUGGAUAGCGUCAUCAAGGAGAGCAUGCGGGACGGAAAUCGUGAUCCGGUCGUAUACGACAAGCCUGAUGAGUGGGAUGGCUUCCGUUAUUACAAGAUGAGACAGGCUGGUGAUAAGGAGGACAUGGCCCAACUGGCUUGUGCCACGGUCGAACAUGCCGGCUUUGGGGUCGGCAAGCAUUCUUGCCCAGGCAGAUUCUAUGCAUCCGACCUCAUCAAGAUCAUUUUGUGCCACAUUCUGAUGAAGUAUGAUUGGAAAGUGGUUGACAAUGGCUCCCCCGAGACGGUAGUGGUAGCCUGGACGCAGAUGGUUCAUCCAGACGUGAAGAUUCUCUUCAAACGUAGAUAG